GAGGAAUUAGAGAUGAACAAAAGCUAGAUGAGAGAUGCUGUGAAGCCAUUGUUGUGCAAUAGCAGGUCGACAGUCAGCCAGCGUUUUCCAGAGCUGAAUAAAACCCAUUUCACGGGGGCACCGAGUCCACGAAUCCGCAGAGCUUCAGGACUUUCGUGUGAAGAGCAGCUCCAGCUGAAGCAAACCGUGGAGACGCAGAACGCGCAGACGCGGCACAGUAGCUCCGGGCCCGCGCUCCUCCAUCUCCUCCCGCCGAACAUCGCUCGCGCUCUCCGGUCGACGCUGCAGCGGUGGAGGGAGAUGCAGCCUCAGCGGCCGCUGCCCCAGGCUAUGCCCUCCUCACCGGGCCGAAACCUCGGAGACGCGGCCCUCGGGACGGGCACUGGGAAGAGACUGCUGGGGGGAAAUAUGGCUUAUGGGGUCAUCCAAUCGCUGAAAGAGUGCCUGUACUUCCUGCUCUGCUGCUGGUGUAUUAAAGAGAUCUUGGACUGAUGGAGAACUCACAGAGCCGUUGAGCCAGUGGAUGAUUCAUCACAAAGAUGUGUUGAUGCUUCGGCCUGAAUCCAGAUCUUUUCACGCAUGCAUAAACACACAUGCUUCAUUAGCCUUCUGUUACUAAUGCACUUUAAAGCAGCACAUUCACAUAGACAACAUCUCUUUCAACAUGGUGUAGAAAUUGAAAACUGUGCAAUUAAUAAUAAAAUCAAACUGUUUGUGAAACAA